GACUGAGUGAAAUGGGGCAGGCUCAGUCGACAGGGGUGCUAGGCUCUGGGCUGAAAAAUGUUGGCCUGUUGUUACAGAGUCGGUGCGUUUGGUUCGGAGGAGUGGAUUGAUUGAUGGAUGGGUGUUUGGAGAAGCGCUGGACUGACCUUACUUUCUAUACCUACGAACUACAGACGUGCAUACAUACACACGGAGGAUUCUGCAAGAUCGGAUCAGAUACUUUUUUCUUCUCCUCUCUCGUCUUAUAGUUAUCUUUUUUUCUUCUUCUACGAGCAGACGUAUGUGUGUGUCUUUCGUCUGAAUAGUUUGAGAGAAGCAAGGAUCUGCAAUUACGAAUUUACGAGAAUACGAAAGGUUGAGGAAGGGAAGAGUGUCUGUUGUGUCGACGAUUGUUUGAGUUGGGUUACGGAGUCUUGUACGCUGCGCCGUGGGUGACUUGACUUGAGUUAUUUGAGGUCUUCGGAUUGUGAAGUUUGGGAUUGCUGUAUUGUGGACGAAAGGAAACGGAAACGGAAAGAUCAGAUAAAAUGGCGGAUCCGAGAAAUGUUGAGUAUGAAGAGGAAGAGACCCCAAUCGAGACACAAAUUCGAUCCGCGAUCUCCACCAACUCAGUAGGCACUCUGAAUGUUGCACUCGAGAGGUUUUCUACUCCAGAAGAGGGUGCUGAAUACCUCAACACCCAUGCAUUGGAUAGAGAUGGAAAUGUAGCAUAUCACUUUGCUGCUAGGAAAGGAAAAGCUCAAAUUGUCAACGAACUCCUCGAUUUAGAAGGAUUCGAAUGCGACCCCCUAAACCGCAACGGCGAAACACCGUUACAUUCUGCCGUCCGCUGGGUAAACGACACCAGAGACAACUGGUCUGCGGGUCUUGAGCUGGUCGAGAUGAUGCUCGAAGCCGGUAGUGAUAAUCGAAUUCGCAAUAAGCAAGGCAAAACCGCUGCUGACUUGGUCGAAGCACACCGAGACUUGAAACAGUUACUAAAAGAUCACGAAUAUGAGGAGUAUGACGAAAAUGGUGAGCCAGUAGUGAAGGCACCUGAGCCUGAGAAGAUCGAAUCGGGAUAUCUGGAUAUCGAUGAGGCACAAAAUGAGGAGGAUGAUGAUGCUGGAAGUGCAUACAGUGGGAGUGACAGUGAAGAGGAAGCUGAGUGGAACAGACUUCGACAAGAGAAAGAAAGAAAAGCGAAUUAGAAUAGAUGUUUCUAUAUGUCUCAUCUUUUUGCCCGUAUAUUUCAAAGUUGGUUGAUUGGAUUCUAGACUUGAGAAGUAGAACUGUGGAUAUGGCAUGGUGGCAUAAGGCCUAGAAGAUGACAGAGGGGAUACUAGUGUAUUGUGCGAUGCGAGGUGAACAGAUGAUGUUGAGAAUUAUAUAACUUUGUGUUUUCAUGGAUUGAAACUUUGUAGUUUUAGAAGCAUAGAAUUGCGGAGUUGCAUUAUGUCACUCGGCUAUCCAUAUCGACAGGUAUGAAAGGCUUUGUUUUAUCUAGGCUUGAUAUUUUACCUUGUUCUUUUUAGUUUGA